AUGCCCUGGCAGCCUCUUCCCCGGAUUGCCUUCGCCGUCGCGACAUACCCCUUUGCCGCCUCGGGCCCGGCCGACCUUCCUCUCGAACUUGGCGAUGAGCUGUACAUAAUUGAGGAGACCCCUGACGGCAACUGGCUGCGUGGCUACCUGGUCGCUCCGCCCAGUCUGCUGGCCGGGCUGACCUCCGUCAAGGGCCAAACCCUCGAGGCCCGCGUCUUCAGUGGCAUCUUUCCUCGCAGCUGCGUCGAGGUGCGUGAGGUGCUGGGCGAGACCGACGACAUAGACGCCGCCAAUGAUGCUGCUAGCGAAGGCGUCGCCGGCGACGUGCAGCUCGGGAGCGACUCGGGCAAGAGCGGCUUGACUCCCACUGCCCCCGAGACGCCCAGGACAACGGACGGCCACAAGUCGAUAGGGAGCUCGAGAGGCUCAAAGGGUUCCCGGUUCGAGAUCAAGGGCCGCAGGCCCCUCAGGGAACUCCCUAAUGGCACACAGGGUCGCCUUUCCAUCCCCGUCAAGCGCGAUCCUGACGCACCUCGCCCUGCCGCGCCCGUACCGAUGCUCAAGAUUGGCGACGAGACUCCCACUUCGGUCGCCGAACCCCUCAUCGACGAGAUUGCAAGCUGCCUGCGCGAAUGGCACUCGACGAAUCUGCACGGCCUCCUCCUGUCUCGGCAAUACCCUCGUCUAGACAAGCUGUCGCAACUCAUCCAGACGCUCAACCUGAGCCGACAACAAUUCCUACACAAUGUUCUCACAAGGCAUGAAUACGAAAAGCUGCGCGAAAAGACUGUAUGGGACCUCGUGCGCGUCAACAAGCUUUGCGGCGGGGAAGUCAUCGUUCGCGAUCCGGCAGACCGCGGACGGGUUCUGACGGGCGACGACUCGGUGGUGGAUGUUACCAAACUGCAGUCGGUCAUGAGCGUUCUGGACGAGCCUCCCCAGCCCACGAUAGAACCCACGGCUCUUCACCACCUCCUUGUCGACAUCAAGGGUUUCGCUGGCGCAUCGGCCGAGGAGACCUCGUUAGUGACCUAUUUGGUGGCCAAGCCCGCCGGGGGUCAGGCUGCCACGCUCACCGAAUGCUUCGUCAUCGACAUCCCCCCCGGCGGGACUAUGGGCAGCCUGGCAAAAUCGGGCCAGACGAGGACCAUCUUUGCCGAUCUCUCUUCGCAGGACAUAGGCGACAUCCCGUCUGCGGAAACGGAGCUGUACCUCGUCAUCAAGGUCCGGUCCGGUCAACAAGUAGUCGUCAGUGGGAAGCCGGAUUCUCGCUCCGGCGCAAAGUCCCAGGGAAAUGGCCACUCCAAGGAUCCCGCCAAGCCAUCGUCUGCCGGCAACAGCAAGCCUUCUAGGAGAAGUCUCAUGUGGGGAUCCAAGAAUGGGCGGUCUGCGUUUUCGAGGGGGAAUGCCACGCCGAAGCUCGAUUCGCUGACGGAGCAUCCCGAGGGCCGCCCGCCAACUCAAGAGGACGGCCAAGACAGUGCCGCCGGCCCUCCCAGCACCGCCGGAUCGAAGCCUCGUGGCUCCCUUGACGCCGGUCCCGGAUUCCUGAUGGCGGAGCGGACUGUGGGCAUCGGUGUUCUGAAACUCAACGCAGUCAUGAAGCAGGACGAAGAGAUUGAACAGGUCGUGAGCAUCUGGUCGCCGUCGUCACCGACACUCUCGACAGAGAAACAAGGUCUUCACGAAGAGUGGGAUAGUGUCGUCCGGGAUCUGAUGGACAGCAAGAGUGGCCACUACGAGAAGUCGCGCCGAACCGAGAGAGUACAGGUGCAUCUCAAAUCGUUCAACCAUCCCGACGUGGACGAGCUAGUCAAGGUGACGCCCACUCUGCUUGCUGGCAUCCGCAAGACGAACAAGAUGGGGUUUUCGGGGGCGCCUACCAAAGCCAGAUCGGACAUUUACGUCACCCUCGACACGGCCACGCUCUCGAAGCAGAGCCUCUUGUCUAGGUAUGCAGGGAACCCGGCCACGCUCUCCAGCACGCUGCACGGAAAUAACCUGCAGGUUACACUCGAGGUGCGGAGGACGGGCGGGGAAAAGAUCCCCAAUUGCAUCUUUUCUUCGUCCAACACGGAAGGGAUUACCACGUGGAAGUCUGUGGCGGUCGAGAAAGGGGAACACUGGAGCCAGACCGUCCGACUUGCCGUCCCGCCCGAAGAUGUCUUCUCGUCGCAUAUUGUCAUGUUCUUGUCCGACAUGCCCAACGCCCCCUUUGCGGUUGCCCACAUGCCGCUGUGGAACCAGGAAGCCUUCGUCAGAGACGGAGCGCAUACCUUGCUGUUGUACAAGACGGACGAGUUCACUUCCACCGCGCAAGCCGGUCCCUCUGGCAAGGGAGGCUACCUCUCCCUGCAGUGGAGCGCCAGGGGAGCCGACGAACAUUCGGCCGAGGUUACGGGCCCCCUCGCCAUCCUGCGAGUCGAUAGCUACCUGUGCAGCACCCGAUUCUCCCAGGACCGCACCGUUCUGGGGUUGCUCAAGUGGAAGGAGGCGACCAAGGAGGACAUCCCCACCCUGCUGAAACACCUCAUCUUUGUGCCCGAGAUCGAGGUUGUCAAGCUUCUGAGCGACGUCCUCGAUGCGCUAUUCGGUGUGCUGGUGGAAUACUCGGGCAAUGACGAAUACGAGGACCUCGUCUUCACGGCUCUGGUCAGAGUCCUGGGCAUCGUGCACGACAGGCGAUUCAACCUGGGCCCGCUCGUCGACCAGUACGCCGAGACGCGCUUCAACUACCCGUUUGCCACGGCGUGCCUCGUCCGCUCCUUCACCCGUUUGCUCGAGAAGCCGACAGAGCCCACAACAUCGCGCAAGCUCCGGUCUACGUUCAAGGUUGUGCGGCAUAUCCUCAAGUUUAUCACCCAUGCGCGGGGGCAGCAGCAGGCCAAGGAAGCCGGAAUCGGCAUCACGACGUCCCACUCGGCGCCCGGCUUCACCCGCGAACUGAGAAACAUCUUCAAGGCCCUGGACGCCAUGAUGCGCAACAACGUCCCCGUGCUUGUUGGCAGCCAGACCCUGGCCGUCCAGCACUUCCACACGUGGUUGCCGGAGCUGACGGGUCUCCUGUCGAUGGAGGAGAUUCUCCACAUCGCCAUCGACUUCCUCGAUUCGUGCGCCGACGUCAAGGGCAAGCUGGUGCUCUACAAGCUGGUGCUCAUCAUGAACUACUCCAAGCUGGACAUCUUUGCGCAUCCCGACCAGAAGUCGGCCCUCACCGCCAACACGGUUCGAUGGAUCGCGCCCCAUUGGGGCCACAAUGAAGCCGUCACCGACUCCUGGAAGGAACAAGUCCGUCUCUGCUGCUCGGUCCUCGCCGGCCAGAUCAACAACCUCGGCGCCGAGAUCCCCGACUACCUCCCCAAGAUCAUCGACUCGUACAUGUCCAUCGUGGCCGCCCCGGUCACGCCUCGAAACCGUCUCUCCCUUCUCUUCCCGACAUCAUACCCCUUUCCUUCCAAGCCCGCUGCCGAAGAGAGCACUUUUGACGAGGCCCUGGUGGAGCUUUCUGCGAUUCUUUCUGCCGUUUCGAAUUCGCCGAGCGGCAUGCAACUAGAACUGACGGAAGGCGACUUGACUGCAUUGCUAGAGAAUACCCUUCGCGUGCACAUGAGCAUUUUGAUGGGCGAGGCCUUCCCGCCAGAAUGGUUGAGCGUACACAUCUACCACCACAAGUCCACCAUGAGGACGCUGCAGUACUUGUCCACCAUCCUCCUCGAGUCCUUCUUACCCCAUCCCGACGAGGCCGAGAACUUCAACACGGAGCUCUGGAAGAUGUUCUUCACGACCAUGCUCAAGCUCGUCGGCAGCCCAUCCCUCGCUCUGGAGACCUUCCCCGAGCAGAAGCGCCGAGCUGUGUGGAAGAUUGCCGGCGACGUCAGAGAGCACGGCGCCGAGCUGCUCAGGCGGACAUGGGAGGCCAUUGGUUGGGAGACGAGCAGCGACGAGCGGGCGCGUUACGGCCUGUCCAAGAUGGGCGGAUACCAGGUCCAAUACGUCCCUACCUUGGUCAGCCCCAUCGUCGAGCUUUGCCUCAGUGUGCACGAAGGCCUGCGACGGAUGGCCGUCGAGGUGCUGCAGACCAUGAUUGUCAGCGAAUGGACGCUGAGCGAGGACCUGUCCGUCAUCCAGACCGAGAUGAUUGACUGCCUCGACCACUACUUCAAGUCCAAGCCGUUGACCGAGAGCAUCUUGCAGAAGCUGUUCGUCAACGAAUUGAUGGAGAGGUUCGCGCCGCUAUCGAGCGUCGCCGACGAGCCGCUGUACGCCGCGAUCCGCGAUCUGAUGGCCACCGUCGACGAGUUCCUCAACCUCCUCGUGGCCGUUCACGGCAGCGACAACACGAGCGAGGCGUCGCAUCUCAUCAACCGCCUGCGGCUGAUGGAGUUCCUCCGGGACAUGCAGAAGGAGGAGAUCUUUAUCCGGUACGUCCAUCAGCUGGCCGUGUUCCAGGGCGAGGCAAGGAACCAUUGCGAAGCAGGCCUGGCGCUACGGUUGCAUGCCGAUCUCUACGACUGGGACCCCACGAAGCAGGUUGCGGCCUUGGACGACCCCGAGUUCCCCGUGCAGACAUCCUUCGAGCGCAAGGAGCGCAUCUACUUCGACAUGAUCAAGCACUUCGAGGAGGGCGAGGCUUGGAGCAGCGCCUUGGCCGCCUACCAGGAGCUGCGUACCCAGUACGAGACCAACGUUUUCGACUUUGCCAAGCUCGCCAGGACGGAGCGCGCCGUUGCGACCAUCUACGAGACGAUUUCCAAAAGCGACAAGCUGGUGCCCAAGUACUUCAAGGUUGUCUACAAGGGGCUCGGGUUCCCCUCCAGUCUUCGCGACAAGGAGUUCGUCUACGAGGGGUCCCCGACAGAACGCGCCUCGGCCUUUACGGACCGCAUGCAGGAGCAGUACCCAUCUGCUCAGAUUGUGACUGGGGGCGAUGUCGACGACGUUGAAGGGCAAUUCCUUGUCAUUUCCUCCAUCACUCCCCAUCGCGACUUGACACACGCCGUCUUCCAGCGGGCCCGCGUCCCUCAGGUCAUCCGAGACUACCUACUCUCAGCCCAUCCUCAGAGCUUCUCCGUGUCAUCCAAGCGCAGCACGUCCGGGCCCGUCGAGGAGCACUAUGCGGAGAAGAUGGUGUUCAUCACAGCCGACCCGUUCCCAACAAUCCUCCGUCGCAGCGAAAUCGUCCACACCGAAGAGAUCAAGCUCACGGCUCGCGAGACGGGCUUGGAGCGCAUCGUCAGGAAGACGCAGGAGAUGACGGUUGUCGAAAAGCGAAUCGCCGAAGGGGACGAGGAGAAUGCCCAACUGUUGGUGGAUGCCGUGAGCGUAUCGGUGAAUCCCGUUUCUGACAACAGCGUGGUGUGCUACCGUCAGCUACUGCCAACCGCUGCGAAUGUUGACGACGACGACGAUGAUGAGGACCAGGACGAGGAGGGGCGCGACGUCGAGCUUGAUCCGCAAGACAAGGCCAUCAAGAUGGCCCUUGUGGACCACGCCAUCAUGAUCAAGCGAUGCCUAGCGACCUUCUCGAGAAGCUCGAACGAGAUACUCAAUCAAAGGCACGAGGAACUCCAACAAUACUUCGAAAGCACCUUUGCGCCCGAGAUUGCUCUCUUUGCUCCACCGCAACCGACUCGUGACUCGGCCAACGGCUCGCAGACCUGGAGACGGUCAUCACCGUCCACAGAACAGGCAUCUCCGCAACCGCAGAGCACUGCAGGCGGCGGCGGCGUGAGCAACGGCGUGGUGGCCGAGGAGGUCUCGACUGUUCAGCCGAUUGCCAUCCGUCAGGGCCGGGGUACACGCCUGAGCUUCCUGGGAGGCCGUAAGAAGGAAUCCCCGCCAGUGUUGCAGCAGACCAACGGCGACGCCCCGGCGGCGAACGGCGAGGCGGAGGACAACGUCAGCCAACGCAGCAGGAGCUUCAGCAAAACCCAAGACAAUCCUAACCGUCGGAGUUUCUUCCGGGCGCCGUCCACGGACGCCCCGCGGAUUCUGGGCAGUAACGAUGCCACCAGCGAGUGGGUGACGGACUCGGGCGGGCGGCAGAGCUCGGACGCCGGCAUCAACCUGACGGAAAAGGAGCGCGAGUACAGAGACGAACGGCCGGUCGAGGACGUUGGUAUCGUCAAGCGAGGCAGCGUCAGGAAGAGGUUUAGCAUGCUGAAACUGGGCAAGAAGUCUAAUAAGAGUAGCGGUGCCAUGGGGAGCGUGCACGAGGAGUAG